AUGAGGAAGAAGAAGUCAGCUCAAAUUCAACCUCCAGUGGAUUUUUAUUCUCACCAAAAAACUAGUCUGUCAAAAGAAAAAACUGAAUUACUAUCAUCGACCAUUACUAACAUAACAGACACAACUACCACUACUACUACUGCUGCUGCUAUGGUCAAAACCCCUACGACGAAUAAUAAUCAUCAUCGCAGAAAUGAUGCACAUAGUUCAUGCAACAGCCUACGAACCACAACUAAUCCGUCAAUUACUAAUGGUGUUGCAGCGUCUAGAUAUAGUAUAAUCAGUCUUAAAGAUCAAAGAUCAAUAAAUUCAAAUAAAUACAACACUUUCUAUAGUAUAAUACACUCGAACAAGCCUAAUAAUUAUCAUCCUCAUAAUCGUAAUCAUUAUCCUUGUCGAAAAUCGUACAUGUCAAAACGGCGUAGUAUUGGCAGUCAAACAGAUUUCACCGAUAUUGAAUCCGAUAAUCCAGAGUCAUAUUCUACGCUGGACAGAUAUUUUAUGCAGAAGUAUAAAAGGUAUCCUUAUAGUAUUGAUAGUAAUAAUGAUAAUAAUUACAAUAAAAAUAGUAAUAUUCGUAAUAAUAGUAGUGAUUAUUAUUUGUUCAAUCGUACAACAAGUACACAAAUACUGCCUUAUUUUCGUAACAAUUAA